AUGUUACGACGACGAGAUUGCCGACUUUUGCAGGAUUCAAAAGUCAUCCCUACAGACAAUGUGGCCGCCCAACAUCAUUUGCUCAUCAUGGACUUGAAAACCUCCCGUCCAAGGAAGAGACAUCCAAGGACUGAAACACAGCGCAUCAAAUGGUGGGAUGUGAAGGAUCGAAAGGCGGCAAUUCGUGAGAAGGAGCCGAAGUACAAGCUCAGGUGGAGGACACGUCAGCCUGAAGAUCGGAGCGCUUACCUAGCGACGGAGAGGGAUGCUAAGAAGGCAGUCUUCAAGUCGAAGUCCGACCGUUACAAGUCUGUGUACGGCAUGCUUGAUACCAGAGAAGGCGAGCUGGCGAGUUCUGCUAUCCUCCCAUCACAACUGUUCCCAGCGUCGAGGAUCCUGUUUUACCUUUUGUGGCCCGCAACUCCAUUUAACAAGAUCAUUGCAAAAGAGCGGACUCCAGACGUUUGGCAAACUUCCGUGACCGUGCCUUUGGGAAAUGAGAUGAAUGAGAAAGGAGACAUUGCUGACUGCACUUCAUACAGGCCUAUACGACUGCUGUGCACUCGAUCUUCUAGCACCUUCCAGACAUCAACAGGUACGUCAUCAGGACCGGUUGCCUUGUUCGAUUUCACUUUUACGAGGGCAGCACUAACUUCGACGGCAGUAACUGGUAAAACAGGAUCCUCGACGCUGGGAACAGUUGUGAUGGGAGGAUAG